UUCCUGGAGCUGCUCAAGUAAAAGCUAGAAUGAGCCUCGACAAUACAUAAUACUAUAAUUAUAUUAAUAAUAAUAAUACCAUAAUUAUAUUACCUUAGGUGGCUGCUGUUGCCUGGGAUAUAGACACAUAUUGUACUUGUACUCUUUCAUCGACAAAAAAGCAUAAAAAAUGCUGAACUGAGAGAAUAUGAAUAUUUUUCGUAUACUUAUAACAAAUUUCAAUAAGAUUUCUAGGAAUUCUCUUAACAAUUCAAUAGCUGGAAUGUCAUCUACCCCAUCAACCAAUGGUUCAGCGUCCGGUAGUAAGAAAAUGAAACCGAACGAAGAAAUUAAUCAAGAUCACAUAAAAGACUUCUCAAAUUUCAAAUUAACGAGAAUAUUAAGUAAUAACACCAGGUCUAAAGUUUGUUUUCUGCAGGGCACAUUUAAUAACAAUGAAAAUCCUGCUAUUGUUAUUUUGGAAAAGAAACCAUUUUCAGAAGAAAGUUUGGAAGACCAAAAUAAUGGAUAUCUGACAAACAAUUGUUCCCUAACCAAGUCAUUCAUUAAUGACAUUUAUGGAAAUUACGAGUGUUUUCCUAAAACAGAUAUUAAUGGGCUAAAAGCUGUAAUAAUAUAUCCAGCAACAGAGCAGCAUAUUAAAAAAUUUGAAGAUCAAGAAAUAUAUGUUGUUAAAGAAACUCCGGAAAUUUACAAUGAUGUUGUAUUGCCACAUAUAUUAAAAGAACAAUUAAGUUUACAGUGGGUAUAUAAUAUCUUAGAUCAUGGCAAAGAAAAAGAACGAAUUUUAAUUAAAGAUGAUUGCCCUGAACUUGGUUUUGUAGCUAUUCCAGAUUUGAAAUGGGACGGAAAAGAUGUUUCUUCUUUAUAUUACUUGGCAAUUGUUAGACAGAAGAAUUUAAAAUCUAUUAGGGAUUUAAAUGAAACGCAUUUACCCAUGUUGAAAAAUGUUCGAGAUAAAGUAACGGAAGCAAUCAAAAGCAAAUAUGGUUACUCUAAAGAACAAUUGCGGAUAUUUUUCCAUUAUCAGCCUUCUUUUUAUCAUCUUCACAUACAUUUUGUGUACAUAAAAUUUGAGGCACCAGGCACGUCCUGUGAAAGAGCACAUUUAUUGGAUACUGUAAUUAAUAAUAUAGAAUUAAUGAGCAAUUAUUAUGAAAAAGCCACAUUACCUUUUAUAGCAUUGGAACGAGAAACACUUUUUAAGAUGUUAAAUGAAAGAGGAAUUUUAACGGUGGAUAGUAAAAAUUUGAACUAA